AUGGCGAAAGUACGAGAACGGCACUGGGUACCGCGCCUAAGACGACUAGUGAAGCGUAUCGUGAAAAAAUGCCCAGGAUGCAAACGAUUCCAGGCCGCAGCCCUUGCUGUACCGCCUCCUGGACUGCUACCGCGAGAUCGAGCUGAAGGAUCCACUCCCUUUCAAGUUGUGGGGGUCGACUAUGCUGGCCCAAUCAAGUUUAAAGCCACUGAAAGACGUGAAGGAAAAGCCUACCUUAUUCUGUAUGCCUGCAGUCUGACAAGGGCACUGUACCUCGACCUGGCGAGAAGUUUGCAGACCGGUGAAUUCCUUCUAAGCCUGAAAGGAUUAAUAGCAAGGCGUGGCAGACCAACUGCGAUAUAUUUAGACAACGGCAGUACUUUCAUUGGAGCCGUAGCUUGGAUUAAGCAAGUGCAGAACGACGAGAAGCCAAAUGAUUUCCUUGCACGUCACCAAAUCACAAGGAAGUUUAACCUAGGCCGAGCCCCCUGGUGGGGAGGCCAGUUCGAGCGCAUGAUAGGGCUGGUCAAAACAGCAGUGAGGAAAACCAUCGGCAACGCCUGUCUCAGCUUUGAGGAGCUAAAAAAGUCUUUCUAG